AUGUCAUGGUUGAAAAAACACAAUCCCCAAAUUUUGUGGGAAAAACAUACACUUGUUUUUAAUUCUCUAUAUUGUUCCAACAAUUGUUUAGCCACACCUGCUGUUUUAGAGCUCAAAGCAGUGGAAGAAAUUCCUGUCCCUUAUCAAGAAUUUGCUAGAGUAUUUUCAGAGGAGGAAUCGUCAAAAUUACCACCCCAUUGUCCUUACGACAUCGCCAUUGAGCUACUCCCUGACGCAAAACCCCAACAUGGCCCCAUUUACAGCCUAGGCCCAAGGGAAGAUGCGGAACUUAGGGAAACCAUUGAAAAGCAACUGAAGGCAGGCCUGAUCCGCCCGUCUAAAUCUCCCAUGGCUUCCCCCAUAUUAUUUGUCAAGAAGAAAAACGGGAAGCUACGCAUCAUGACCAAGAAGAAUGUAUAUCCUCUACCAUUGCCACAAAACUUGAUUGAGAAGCUACAAGGUGCAAAGAUUUUUAGUAAAUUCGAUCUCAAGGCCGGAUAUAACUUAGUCCGAAUUAAAGAAGGUGAUGAAUGGAAAACAGCCUUCAAGACAAAAUACGGACUAUUUGAGUACUUGGUUAUGCCCUUUGGGUUAACAAAUGCGCCAGCGGCUUUUCAAGAUAUGAUGAACAAAAUAUUCAGGGAUCUUCUGGAUGUUUAUGUCAUCAUAUACCUGGACAAUAUCCUAGUCUUCUCCUUGAACAAAAAAGAUCAUGAACUUCACGUGCGCAAAGUGCUAAAGAGGCUACAGGACAAUGACCUUUUUUGUAAUAUUGAAAAAUGCCACUUCCAUGUCAAGAAGAUUGACUAUCUAGGGUUCAUUAUAUCUGAAUUUGGUAUAGAAGUUGACCAAUCUAAAGUCACGGAUGCCAUGAAUUGGUCAACACCUAAGAAUGUCAAAAACAUCCAAGAAUUCUUAGGAUUUGUGAACUUUUAUAGACAAUUUAUCCCCAAUUUUGGUAACUUGGCACAACCCCUAUACAAUUUGCUCAAAAAGGACAGCCUAUGGAAAUGGGAAUUGGCGGAACAACAAUCCUUUGACAGUUUAAAGAAAUGCCUCACUUCAGCGCCACUACUCCUACAGCCGGAUACAACAAAACAGUUCUACAUAGAAUGCAAUGCAUUGGACUAUGCCACUGGAGCUAUAUUAUCCCAACGCAACCCUGAAGGGAAACUAGCUCCAGUAGCCUAUCUAUCCAAGUCACUGUCCCCUGCUGAAAAGAAUUACAACAUUUUUGACAAGGAACUAUUGGCAGUCAUUAGGGCAUUUAAAGAAUGGCGCCAUUUACUGGAAGGAUCAGAGUUACCAGUUCAAGUUCUAACAGAUCAUAAGAAUUUGGAGUAUUUCUCUACAUCACAAUCCCUGAACAAACUACCCCUUGAAGGGGGGGUAGAGAACCAGGUUCUCCUGAAACCGGAACUUUUUAUUGCAUCUAUUACUCCGGAUCAAGAGAUCAAUGACCUAAUUGGCAAAGCUAUUUAUGAGGAUGACCGUCUGAAAGAAAUCCUGCACAAACUCCAGAACAAGGAAAAGAUCUUGGAUUGGGAAUUGAAAGAAGGACUACUAUGGUAUCAGGGAAAAAUCUUUGUACCUAAAGACAAUACCAUUAGGAACCUUAUUUUAGAAUCUAGGCAUGAUGCCUUGGCGGCGGGACACCCAGGACAAGCCAGGACAUUAGAACUUAUUUCCAGGAGUUAUUACUGGCCAUUGCUGAAAAAGUUUGUCAAUUCUUAUGUCAGCCACUGCGAAACCUGUAUCAGGUCCAAACCAACAAACCAAGUACCUGUAGGACUGCUAAAGCCAUUGCAAAUUCCUGAACGUCCUUGGGAAGACAUAGCUUACGACAUGAUUGUGGGACUACCAGUCUCAGAAGGCUUUGAUGCCAUUAGGUUAUUACAAAGUAGUAGGUGGUGGUAG